UGAGCGUGGACAGAGCGGACUGAUGCGAGUUUGGAGAAAGUGAAUGUGGAGCAUUCAGCGGCACUUUAGUUGGAAACGCUGGGCUCUUUGUGCAGCGGACUGCAGCUUUAUCCUCUGUUGAAGAAAGGCCUCCAAAAUAGAUUCCCUCAGGAGUAAAGUGGACUUGCUGCGCCUCCCUCUGCCCCUCUCCUCCAAGUCCAUCAGCGAGCGCAAGAGCCAGCUGGGCGUGGUGUGGGAGAAAGGCGGCGGUUCGGGGGCAGCAGGGGCUUGGAAAGCCCGCCCACCGCCAGCCUCAGACAUGGAUAACGAUUCGAUGUACUCGGGUUACUCUUACAAGUCGUCCCACUCAAGGAGCUCCCGUAAACACAGGGAGAGGAGGGACAGACAUCGCUCAAAGAGCCGUGAUAUCAACUUACGUGGGGACAAAUCGGUGACGAUCCAGGCUCCUGGAGAGCCACUUAUGGACGCAGAAUCCACAAGAGGAGACGACAGGGAUGACAACUGGGGCGAGACGACCACUGUGGUCACAGGCACCUCCGUGGACAGUGUCUCCAAUGAAGACUUGACACAGAUCAGGAAGGAUCUUGAAGACUCUUCACCAUUAGACUGCCGCCGUUACCUCAGCCCAGUAUUAGGCGCCAUCUUGGGUCUCUUUGCUCUGCUCACUCCCCUGGCCUUCCUAGCUCUCCCACAGCUUCUGUGGCGGGACACGCUCGAACCCUGUGGUACACCGUGUGAAGGCCUUUACAUUUCUCUAGCCUUUAAGCUCCUUAUUCUCCUCAUCUCCACCUGGGCGCUGUUUCUACGCCCGCAAAGAGCCACCCUGCCACGUUUCUUCAUCUUCCGCUGUCUGCUGCUGGCGCUAGUCUUCCUCUUCGUGGCGUCUUACUGGCUCUUCUAUGGGGUGCGGGUGCUGGACUCCAAGGAGACGGACUACAGGGGGAUUGUGGGAUAUGCAGCCUCUCUUGUGGAUGCGUUGUUGUUCAUUCAGUACCUGGCUCUGGUGCUGCUGGAGGUCCGACAUCUGCAGCCUGAAUUCUGUCUAAAGGUGGUGAGGACUGCUGAUGGCGCCAGUCGCUUCUACAAUGUGGGAUGUCUCAGCAUUCAGCGUGCAGCAGUUUGGGUUUUGGACCAGUACUACAGUGACUUCCCGGUCUAUAACCCUGCUCUUUUUAACCUGCCCAAGUCCAUCCUCUCCAAGAACAUGUCUGCAUUCAAAGUCUACAGUCUGGGAGAAGAGAACAGCACCAAUAAUUCCACAGGUCAAUCCAGAUCCAUGAUCGCAGCGGCUGCUCGGAGAAGAGAUAACUCCCACAACGAGUACUACUACGAAGAGGCAGAGUUGGAGCGGAGGAUCCGCAAACGCAAGGCCAGGCUGGUGGUGGCAGUAGAGGAAGCCUUCACCCACAUCAAGCGUCACCAGGAUGAAGAAGCAAUUGUGUCUUCCCCAAAACACCCACGGGAGCUGAUGGACCCCAGGGAGGCAGCCCAGGCAAUCUUCGCCCCCAUGGCGAGGGCCAUGCAGAAGUACCUCCGCGCCACCAGGCAGCAGUCCUACCACAGCAUGGAGAGCAUCAUUAACCACCUGCAGUUUUGCAUCUCUCAUAACAUGACCCCCAAGGCAUUCCUUGAGCGUUACCUAAGCCCUGGUCCUACCCUCCAGUACCUCGACACCAGCAGGGGGCGCCAGUGGACACUAGUGAGCGAGGAACCAGUGACGUCUUCUCUGAGACAGGGCCAAGUGUUUUCCCUCAGACGCCUUGACUUCUCUCUGGUGGUCACAGUGACGCCCCUCCCCUUCCUACGUCUGAGCGAGGAGUUUAUCGACCCCAAAAGCCACAAGUUUGUCAUGAAGCUUCAGUCAGAAACAUCUGUGUAGGCGAAGAAACUGACCUACUUCUGCUGAAGAGACACUACACAGUUACAUCUUUU